AUGGCCCUGACCUUCAAUGAGGCUAAUGGCAGAACUGAUGGACACUUUGAGGCUUAUCUAUUGGACUAUGAAAACAGUGCAGGCGCCUUGCCAAGCCUUCCCCAAACCCCGAAGCAGCCACCGAAGCGCUCUCGAGCCGCCUUCUCCCACACUCAGGUCAUUGAGUUAGAGAGGAAGUUCAGCCACCAGAAGUAUCUGUCAGCUCCUGAAAGGGCUCACCUGGCCAAGAACCUCAAGCUCACUGAGACCCAAGUGAAAAUCUGGUUCCAGAACAGACGCUAUAAGACCAAGCGAAAGCAGCUCACUUCGGACCUGGGAGGCCUGGAGAAGCACUCCUCCCUGCCGGCUCUCAAAGAGGAGGGUUUAUCUCAAGCCUCCCUCAUCUCCAUGUGUAACAGCUACCCUUACUACCCCUACCUGUACUGCUUGGGAGGCUGGAACCCGGCUUUCUGGUAA